CGCUGCGGUGCGCCUGUGUUAUGUGUGCCGUGGUCUCGGCCCCAGCAGUGUUGACAAUAGGGUGAAAAGAACCAGCCCCGGAUCAGAAACCGAGCGGAGGAAAACACCACGGAGAAAAAAAAGCAGCAGCCCAGGGGUUCGGGGAAAGGCCAGCGGAUAAUCUAGCGACGGGGAAUGUAAUUGCGCGAAGCUGAAAUCGUUUUUAUACAAACAUCCGUGCUUUGUUCUGAAUGGAAGUUUGAGGAUUAAUCCCGUUGGAAGGAAACACGCUACUCGUGGGUUUGGCCGUUUUCAGGGCCAAAGAUUUUUUUCCUGCUGCUCCGCCGCCGCUUGGGAAGAGCUGUCCGCACCGAGCUGGAGGUAGCCCCUCUCGGUUAGCCCCGCUAGACACCCCCCCCCCCCACACACACACAUAGGAUACGCUCCUCGCCGCCGUCUCCGUCGCGAACCGCAGAGGAUCAAGCAGGGCUAUGUCCUCGGCAGCCACCACGUCUCCAUCUGUGGACAAAGUGGACGGAUUUUCACGGAAGUCUGUCAGGAAGGCCAAGCAGAAGCGGUCGCAGAGCUCGUCCCAGUUCCGCUCUCAGGGCAAACCCAUCGAGCUCACGCCCCUGCCCCUGCUCAAGGACGUGCCAGCGCCGGAGCAGCCGGAGCUGUUCCUGAAGAAGUUGCAGCAGUGCUGUACGGUCUUCGACUUCAUGGACACGCUGUCGGACCUCAAGAUGAAGGAGUACAAGCGCUCAACGCUCAACGAGCUGGUGGACUACGUGACCGUCAGCCGGGGCUACCUGACGGAGCAGGCCUACCCAGAGGUCGUCAAAAUGGUGUCUCACAACAUAUUCCGGACCCUUCCGCCCAGCGACAGUAAUGAGUUUGACCCUGAGGAGGACGAGCCCACGCUCGAGGCCUCCUGGCCACACUUACAGUUGGUAUACGAGUUCUUCAUCCGGUUCUUGGAGAGUCAGGAAUUCCAGCCCAGCAUUGCCAAAAAGUACAUAGACCAGAAGUUUGUCCUACAGCUCUUGGAGUUGUUCGACAGCGAGGAUCCUCGGGAGAGGGACUACCUGAAGACAGUCUUGCAUAGAAUCUACGGCAAAUUCCUGGGGCUGAGGGCUUUUAUACGAAAACAGAUCAAUAAUAUUUUUCUACGUUUUGUUUACGAGACGGAGCACUUCAACGGGGUGGCUGAGUUGCUGGAGAUCCUGGGGAGUAUAAUCAAUGGUUUCGCUCUGCCGCUCAAAGCGGAGCAUAAACAGUUUCUGGUCAAAGUGUUGAUCCCCCUCCACACUGUCCGGAGUCUGUCCCUCUUCCACGCACAGUUGGCGUAUUGCAUUGUACAGUUCCUAGAGAAAGACCCAACAUUAACAGAACCAGUCAUCAGAGGUUUACUCAAGUUCUGGCCAAAAACCUGCAGUCAAAAAGAGGUGAUGUUUCUAGGCGAGCUGGAGGAGAUCCUGGACGUCAUAGAACCAACACAGUUCGUCAAGAUCCAGGAGCCGCUCUUCAAACAGAUCUCACGAUGCGUCUCCAGCCCACACUUCCAGGUCAGUGGAAACCCGGUCGGUUCAGGUUCCGGUUCAGGUCCGACUUGGCAGGUUCAUGUGAUUCCUGUGUGUCCUCGUGCAUGGACUUUAAGCUCAUUGUGUAUUUGUGUGUGUGUGUGUGUGUGUCCUCAGGUUGCGGAACGAGCUCUGUACUACUGGAACAACGAGUACAUCAUGAGUCUGAUCGAGGAGAACUCCAGCGUCAUCCUGCCCAUCAUGUUCGCCAGCCUCUACAGGAUCUCCAAAGAGCACUGGAACCCGGCAAUCGUGGCGCUGGUCUACAACGUCCUGAAGGCCUUCAUGGAGAUGAACAGUACUUUAUUCGACGAACUCACGGCCACUUACAAGUCGGACCGCCAGCGUGAGAAGAAGAAGGAGAAGGAGCGGGAGGAGCUGUGGAAGAAGCUGGAGGACUUGGAGCUGAAGCGCGGCCUUAGGAGCGACGGGAUCAUCCCGACUUAACGAAGACAGCGCCGCCGCUCCCCCUCUGACCCCGCCCCCUUCUCUCCCCCCUCCCACUCCCCCUCCCCCCUCCAUCCUGUCCCCUCCCUCCACAUCAGCCACGUCUGCCCAGAGCUCCGUCGUCUCUGGACGGACACGGAGCGCCACUGGUUUCUUCUUGUGUUUUUUUUUUCUUUUUUUUUCUCAUGUUUUUUUUUUCUCUCUUCUGUGUUUAUGCGACUUUUACUUUACAGUAGAUUCAUCACGUCUGAUUUCAUUCUUUCAACAGCACUGUAAAUAAUUCUUUUUUUCUUUAUUUUUUCCCCCCUUAAACUGAUAUUAUUGCAAAACAGAAAAAAACAAAACAAUAAUAAUAAAUAAAGAAAUAAAAAAAGGAGGAAAAAAAAUAUAAAAAAUGAGAAAAUGACUUGUUUGGGAGGGGGAUCGAAACGACGAGAGAGAGAGAGAGAAAAAAAAGGUUGGACUGUAGGACAUGAGAUGAACUCUGGGAAAACAAGAAAAUGACAAAAAAAAAGAUUUAAAAACCUUCAUCCCUUCUUCUUCCUCCUCCUCCUCUUCCUCUUCUUCUCCACGGUCCCGGUUGUCACUUUUAUUUCCUGGUUCUCCUCUUUUGCUUUUCCUCCUGUUGCCUCCAUGUUUCUGUUCCCGUCCGGACUGAUGACUGCCCCCCCACCCACCCCAACUCCCCUCCUCUCUGGCCCCCACUUCCUGUUUUAAACAGGAAAUAAAAAAAAUUUAACAAACCACAUUUAAAAAAAAAACAAACAGCGACUUUCUAAUUUCUACAAACACAUUUUAAAAAUCAUCAGAGUGCGUUUACAUGCGUUCUUUUUUUUCUUUCUUUUUUUGUCCCCUCAGCAACUACUCUCAUCAAAUGACAAAAUAAUAAAAUUAUUGACCAGGAAGGAAAUGGGGCCAAUUAAUAGCAAAACAACUUUUUGGGACUGAAAUAUAAUUUUUGCGAAAUGUUGUUGUUCUACCCCAAAACAACAAAAAAAAUCAUAGAGGGAAACAAACUUUCGUCCAACGUGUUGAUAAAGUCUAAAAAUCUGCUUCAAAUCAUUGAUGAAAAACGUGAUAAGAAGUCAUUACGUCAUCAUCAUGUUUAAAUGUUUCCUCCAGGUGACAAACGGGAAGUACUGACACGGCCCCUCCGCUUGUCAGCCGAGCAUCAUGGGAAAUGAAGUUCAAAGUCUUGGAAACAUUUAUUAAUCCCAAACAAAAGAGACUGGAUCGAACAUUUUCUUUUUUCGGCAUUUUUUUUCUUCUUCCUAGAACUACGGUUCAAAAUGUCCGGUUAAUGUUUUUUUUAUUCAUAUACUUUGUACGUUCAUAUUCAUACUGUAUGUUUGUCGUAAACUUUACGGACUUUAAACCAACUUCAUCUCUAAGAUAAUUCAUCAGGAUGCUUUCACUUCUUCACCUCGGAUAUUUGUUAUUUUCAAAACCCGUCGUCAUAUCCUGUUGGCACCAUGGCUCCGAUAACCUCACUUCCUGUUUUACUGUCACUUUUUUUUCUUUUUCUUGACUCGUUUUCUUUUCCCUGGGUCUCCGCUCUCCACCCUCGUCGGCCAGAUUCCAUGACCCGUGUAAACAGGGGAACUGUUUACGUGUAAACGCACUCCAUCCUUCCUUCCUCUCUCCCUCCUCCUUUUCAUCACAUGAUUAUUCCUCUCCCUCCUCCCUCCUUUUCUACCAAGCGACCACACGGCGGCGUCCCCGGUAUCAGUCUGGCACUGGUACCCGGCGGCCAUGACUGGGACGUUACAGAUAAACACAGAGUCUGCAGAGGAAACCCUUUUCUCCCGUGAUAAAAAGAUGAGCGCCCCCUCACCUCACUUAACCCCAGCCCACUGGGGGGGGCGCUGCCGCGUUGACUUCACAGUAUUACAACAACAACAGUGACACAAAUAAAAAAAAGAAGAAGAGACGACCCUGUACAUUGUUAUCGAAUGCAGUACACUGAUAAUCUUGUAUCUUGUAGUAAUUUAGCCAAUGUUUUUUUUUGCGUAGGAAAACAGUGGAGAGGAGAGUCUGGUAUGUAAAGAGGUAUUAUGGAAGAUGACUUCCUGGUAUUUAUGAUAGUGCCCCUUCCCCUCCCCUAACCCUGCCGCCUCUUUUAGUCUGUUUCUCUUUUUCUUUUCUGUCUCUCACUUCUUCUUCCUCUUCUCUUGGUUUUUAUCUCAUUUUUUGGAUAUUUUUGCUGAUGUUUCUUUUGACCAUUGGAUAUAUUUUUUUUAGUUUUGGGGGGAGGGUGUUGGGAGGGGGAGGGGUCUUAGGAGUGAGGGCAGGUAGGCAGGGGAGGGGGGUCGGAGGUCAGAUCGGGGGGAGGGAGGGAUGAAGGCUCGGAGCAGAAGAACUUUGCCCUGUCGGGAGUUUGACGGUGAACCUCCCCCCUCUUCCUCCUCCUCCCUGGUGGAAUUAAUGUGUGCUUUAGAACGGCCCAGAAAUAAUAUGAUUUCAAAACUGAAAAAAAAAAAAGAUAAAAAAGGGUUGGAGAAAUACAAAUGUUUAAUUAUUUUAAAAAAAUAAAGAGAUAUUAAAUUAAA